AUGCACCGACUAUCUCUCGGAGAUUCACCACCACCAAACUGUCUCCACGGCUGCUUCUCAUCGUCACCAUUUAUCGGUGCUACGGCCUCAGAGCAUCCUCCAGAUUCAACCCCCACCGUCACUUCCGCCACUCUCCGCCGUAAUUUCGCUCAAACCACCGCCUCCACCAUUUUCCCGGACACUCAUUUCGCCGACCCAAAUUCUCUUCCUUCCCUUCAAGAAUCUUUUUCCGAUUUCAUCCAAGCUUAUCCCAAGUACACCGACACUUACAAGAUCGAUCGCAUCAGAUCCGACCACUACUUCCACUUGGAUUUAUCACAUCACACGUGUCUUGAUUACAUUGGGAUUGGUUUAUAUUCAUACUCACAGCUACUUAACUACGACUCUUCCACUUACCAGAUCUCCUCUUCCUUGUCUGAAAGUCCUUUCUUCAGUGUUUCUCCCAAGAUCGGUAACCUCAAGGAGAAGCUUCUCAACGACGGAGGUCAAGAAACAGAGUUUGAGUACUCAAUGAAGAGAAGAAUCAUGGGUUUUCUCAAAAUCUCCGAGGAAGAUUACUCGAUGGUCUUCACCGCCAAUAGAACUUCUGCUUUCAGGCUUGUUGCUGAGUCUUACCCCUUUAACUCAAAACGAAAGCUUUUGACGGUUUACGACUACGAGAGCGAGGCGGUCGAUGAGAUCAACAGAGUCUCUGAGAAACGUGGAGCCAAAGUAGCUGCAGCUGAAUUCUCAUGGCCAAGACUGAGAAUAUGUUCGUCGAAGCUGAGGAAGAUGAUCACUUCCGGGAAAAACGGAAGCAAGAAGAAGAAGAAAGGUAUUUUUGUCUUUCCGCUUCAUUCUAGGGUUACGGGAUCUAGGUAUCCAUAUCUAUGGAUGAGUGUGGCGCAAGAAAACGGGUGGCAUGUGAUGAUCGAUGCUUGUGGCUUAGGACCUAAAGAUAUGGACAGCUUCGGUCUUUCGAUAUAUAAUCCAGAUUUCAUGGUGUGCUCGUUCUACAAGGUGUUUGGAGAAAACCCUUCCGGAUUCGGUUGCUUGUUCGUCAAGAAAUCCACCAUUCCGAUUCUUGAGUCUUCCACUAGCUCAGGUAUGAUUAACCUCGUACCAACCGACGAUCCAGUUUCAUUACACGCGUUGGAACACAACCGGACACAAACAGAAUCGGAAGAAACAGAUGAUAGCUUUAGUUGUGGAAUCGAAUGCAGAGGUUUAGAUCAUGUGGACUCACUAGGGUUGGUAUCGACAGGGAACAGAUCAAGAUGUUUGAUCAACUGGUUAGUAAGUGCUCUCUACAAACUCAAACAUUCUACAACUAGUCGUCUAGUGAAAAUAUACGGUCCAAAAGUUAAUUUCAACCGAGGACCAGCGAUUGCAUUCAAUUUGUUCGACCAAAAGGGAGAGAGAAUCGAGCCUUUCGUGGUGCAGAAGCUAGCCGAUUGUAGCAAUAUCUCACUCGGACAAGGGUUCUUAAAGAAAAUAUUGUUCGAAGAGGAGUAUGUUGAGGUGAGAGACAGAGUUCUUGAGAAGAGAAAGAACGAGCUAGGGAUUUCUGUUCUCACUGCUGCGUUGGGUUUUCUUGCGAAUUUCGAAGAUGUUUAUAAGCUUUGGAUUUUCGUUGCUAGGUUUUUGGAUUCAGAGUUUGUGGAGAAGGAGAGUGUGAGAUGUGGAGUUCAUGUUUUUGAAUACAAGAACCGUGAAGUAGUGUAG